AUGGCCUGUGACUUCCAGGGACAGGUCGUCUCAGGCUGUUUGUCUCUGAACUGCACUCGCCGGGUGACGGGCACCGUGGGGGGCUCCCUGAGCGUGCAGUGUCGGUACAAGGGCAAGUUCACAGACAUGAAGAAAUACUGGUGCAAAAGCCCAUGUAAGUCGCUGAUGAAGAUGAUGGUGGAGACCACAGAGACACAGAGAGCAGUGAGGAGCGGCCGUGUGUCCCUCAGGGACCACCCAGAAAACCUCACCUUCACAGUGACCUUGGGGAACCUCAGCGAGGGCGAUGCAGGCACGUACUGGUGUGGGAUCCAGAGACCACAGCGCGAAAGGCUUGCGGACCUCAGCUUCUCGGUUGUGGUAUCUGUGUCCCCAGCCCCCACCCUGAAGAUCUGCACAAGCACCCUGGGCCCUCCCUCCUCCCUGCCAGUGACCACCAGGCUCAAUGUGACCGGGCAGGAGACCCCUGAUCACGGCCAACACCCUCGGUCCCUGCUCAGCAGCGUCCACUUCCUGCUCCUGGUCUUCCUGAAGGUGCCCCUGCUCCUGGGCAUGCUCAGCGCUGUCGUCUGGGUGAACAGGCCUCUGAGGAGCUCCGGGCGGAGGUGGAGUCGGCCCCAUGACAGCCUGUAG